AAGAGAAGAGAAGAGAAGAGAAGAGAAGAGAAGAGAAGAGAAGAGCGACUAAAGCAACUUUCUGUUUGGAGUGGGGACAACGUGAAAACUCCCAAAGAUGCCAAACGUGGCAGUUUCGCAGAAGGAAUACUUGGAUAAACCAGGGAAGUGAUCACCUUUUUUUUUUUUCCUCAAGCAGAAAGCAGGAGGGGGGAAUGCGCUUUUUUCUUAUGAGAGCGCAGAAGUUUUUCCUCGGUUAACAAAAGCAGCCGGAGUCUCGGAGUCUCGGAGAGUCGGAGCCGGAGCCGGAGCGGGGCGCCCGGGGGCCCGGGCUUGAAUGUUGCGGGGUCUCCGCGGAGGGCCGUGAGGGAUGCCAGGAUGCCCUGCCUGAUCCUCCAUCUGCUGCUGGUGUGGCUGAGCGUGCACGGGCUGGGGCGCUGCGCGGAGCGCUCCUCCUCCUCCUCCUCCUCCUCCAUCUCCUCCUCCUCCUCCAUCUCCUCCUCCUCUUCGUCCUCCUCCUCCUCCUCCCUCUCCUCCUCCUCCGGCCGGGAGCGCUUCAAGGUGGUGAUCGCUCCGCUCAUCUGCAAGCGGAUCUGCCUGAAGGGCCAGUGCCAGGACACGUGCGAGCAGGGAAACAACACCACGCUGAUCGCGGAGAACGGCCAGGCGGCCGACACGCUGAUCGGGCAGGGCUUCAGGGUCGUGGUGUGUCCCCUGACCUGCAUGAAUGGAGGCGUGUGCAGCUCCAGGAAGCAUUGCCUCUGCCCUCCCGGCUUCACCGGCCGCCUCUGCCAGUUUCCCCUCCACCAGACGCAGCAAGCUCAGGCGGCGCGCGGCAACAAGCAGCCCAUAUACUCCGUCCCGCUGAAGCCCGGCGGCCAGAAGCUGCUGGAUUCCUCAGGCCUGGGGCGGACCCAGCUCGCUCAAACACACUCCGUGUUCACCCUGCCUCUGUCGCAGGCGGGGCACCACUCAUCUGAAGUGCAGAUCAACGUACGUGUCCACCACACGCCCGACACCUCCGUGGUGAUUCAGUCUCACGACCAAUCAGACGUCAAGCCUCCUCACAAGACGGGACAGCGCUUCAUCCCACCACGACACAAGCCCAAGGGCCGCUGCUUCCAGGAGACCACCCCCAAACAGGCUUGCAACAGCACCCCACUUCCUGUCCUGACCAACCAGGAGGAUUGUUGUGGCAGCGUGGGGAACUCAUGGGGACAGAACAAGUGUUACCAGUGCCCCAAAUUACCAAAUGCAUCAGUCAAACAGACCAUUGUGGAAGAGUACGGCUCCACCUGCCCACAAGGUUAUAAAAGGUUCAACAACACUCACUGUCAAGACAUCAACGAGUGCUCCAUGCAGGGUGUCUGUCAGAACGGAGAUUGUCUCAAUACGCUGGGCAGCUUUAAAUGUUCCUGCAAGUCCGGUUUUGUCCUGGAGAGGAACCGAUGUGUUGAGUCCGAGCAGGCUCAGUGCUUCCUGAUUGCGUCGGAGUCCCGGGGCUGUGAGUACCCGCUGCCCACCCAGAUCACCAGGGAGAUGUGCUGCUGCACGGUGGGCAAGGCCUGGGGCCACGGCUGUGGGAAGUGUCCUCAGGUGGGCACAGUGGCUUUCCGUCAGAUCUGUCCUGCUGGGAAAGGAUACUCUUUCCAAAGUAUUACAGAGACCUUCACCUUCCCUGGCUCCAUCUUUCCACUCAAGAUGGACAUUGAUGAACCAGAUCAGAGGGAGAAGCCUGCAGAGACCAGCACGGUGCAGCAGACUGCCAGCAGCACCAGCAGCCCUCGCGUGCCCGUGGUUAAACCCACCCCUCCGCCAAUCAUCCGCUUGAACCCAGGCAAUGACCCCCUCGAAACACAGACAAAAGUCUUCCCAGAGGCAGAUGAAUGCAGGCUAAGCAGAAACAUUUGUGGUCAUGGAGAGUGUGAGAACAGCCCGAACGGCCGCACGUGUCACUGUUACCCAGGUUACCAUCUCAACCUGCAGAGGAACAUCUGUGUGGAUGAUAAUGAGUGUGAGUCAGAGCCGUGCGGACACGGCAGAGGCCGUUGCGUUAACAUUGAAGGAUCAUACAAGUGCCUUUGUCGCCAGGGUUACAAACACACAGUGCAGAAUAAAAGACUUAAGUGCACUGAUGUGGAUGAGUGCUCCAAACAAGACAUCUGCGGCGUCGGGGGCUACUGUGUAAACCUGCCAGGUUCUUACAAAUGUGAAUGUCACAGCGGCUUUAGGAGCAAAUCACACCGACAUCCAGCCUGUGAAGACAUUAAUGAGUGUUUGAACCCGGACUCUUGCCCCAAUGAGCAGUGUGAGAACACUCCCGGCUCCUACGAGUGUGUUCCCUGUCUGCCUGGACAUGAAGCUCACGGCGGUACAUGUUACGACAUUAAUGAGUGUCACAACCCCGGCAUCUGUCCUAACGGCAUCUGUGAGAACCUCCCCGGUACGUACCGGUGUCUGUGCGACGAGGGCUUCCUUCAUUCUGUAGACAGCAAAAGCUGCAGUGACAUUGAUGAGUGUGCAGACAUUCGGCUCUGCGCUUACGGCCGCUGCAUUAACACAGAAGGCUCCUUCAAGUGCCAGUGCUACCCGGGGUACCAGCGCACGCAGGAGGGAAGUCACUGCGAGGACAUCAAUGAGUGUGAGAGGCCUUCCAACUGUCUGAACGGUCGCUGCAUCAACAACAUGGGCUCGUAUUACUGCGACUGCCCCAAGGGGUACGAGCUGACCCGGGGCAGGGGGUGCCAAGACAUAGACGAGUGUGCGGUGGACAGAAGCCUCUGCCAGCCCAGCUCCUGCGAGAACAGACCCGGCUCGUUUGUGUGCGUGUGCAAUCACGGUUAUGUCCUUUCAGAGGACAAACACAGCUGUGAGGCUGUUCAAGUAGUGACAGAUGACAAGAGAGAGUGCUACAUGAACCUGGAAGACGCGGUUUUCUGCGACAGCGUUCUGGCCACCAACGUCACCAAGCAGGAGUGCUGCUGCUCCAUCGGAAUGGGCUGGGGGGACCACUGCGAGAUCCACCCCUGCCCCGUCUCCCACACAGCUGAGUUCCAUUCCCUGUGUUCAAACGGGCAAGGCCUCUACUCCGGGGAGGGACUCCAGUACAGCCUGCCGGCCUACCGAGAUAUUGACGAGUGUUCUCUAUUUGCGGAGGAAAUCUGUAAGAAGGGUCGCUGUGAGAACACAAUGCCGGGCUACGAGUGCUACUGUCAGCAAGGCUUCUACUACGACGGCAACCUGCUCGAGUGCAUCGACGUGAACGAGUGCCAUGACGAGUCUCUGUGUACUCACGGCCGCUGCAUCAACACUGAGGGAGCCUUCUACUGCAUCUGCAGCCCCCCCUGGACCCCAGACUCCAACAAGAAGAAGUGCGUGAUGGCAACAGUAGCAGAUGUGAAUGAGUGCGAAGACCGGGAGAACUGUAAGAAUGGCAUCUGUGUGGACAUUGUAGGGUCCUACUACUGCGUGUGCACUCUGCCCUGGACCUUGGCCACUGACCGUAACAGUUGUGUGUCUCCCGAGGAGCAGGCCGAUGUGAAUGAGUGCCAGGACCCCUCAUACUGUAAGAAUGGGAGGUGUGAGAACACGCCCGGCUCCUUUCACUGUUUUUGCGACCCUCCCCUCACCUUCAGUGCGGCGCUGAAACAGUGCGUCUAUGACGAUCGCACCGCGGCACACAAGGACGUGUGCUUCGUGCAGGUUGACGAGGGUCUCAUCUGCAGCAGGCCCCGGAAAGACGUGGUGGUGACGUACUCGGAAUGCUGCUGUCACUACGGUCGCGGCUGGGGGCCCGAGUGCAACACCUGUCCUCCCAGAAACUCAGAGAUGUUCAGUCGUCUGUGUGAGAUGCAUCUCGAGACUGAUUCUGAUGGGGAGCCGGAUUUCCUGCCGGCUUUUGUCAACUACAACCCAGGUGACAGUUCAGAAGAGGAUUCAGACGAGUGCAGCUGUGGAAAUGGCCGUUGUGUCCGUUCCUAUCUGGGCACCAUGUGUGAAUGUAACCCAGGCUUCAGGCUAGACCACUCCCGCGCACGUUGUAUAGACAUUGAUGAGUGUGCAGAGUCCGGCAGCCGCACCGGUCCCUGCAAGCACGCGCGCUGUGUGAACACUGUGGGCUCAUAUAAGUGCUUCUGCAAAUAUGGCUUUGUGAGCACGGCCAACAAGGAUGUAUGCCGUCGCAGAACUCGGUAACCUUUCUGUGUUGCCCUGCGUGCCCCACCUGGUUAUCCCUCCACCCAUGCAGCCACACCCCCGACGUGCUGCAUGCACACCUCUCUGCAAGGUUCCCCACGUCAGGCUGUGAGAGUGAGCCUAAAAACACAUCUCAUCAGGAGCCCUGUCGUUGCAAACGCUCCAAUGAAAUGUACAAAACAGUCAGCUCCUCUUUCACCUUCCAUUUCUCAUUUAAAAAGCCAUAAAAAAACAAGGAAUUUGUUCAUUUUUUGUAAUUAUUGUUUUUCGUUUUUUUUUUUUUUUACUGUUUUUGUAGUUUGAGUUUAAACUGUACAUUUUUGUGAUUUUUGUUCCUUGGUCCUCCGAUAAUUUGAUUCUGGUCUAAAGAAACCUCACGUUUUAAGAAGGAGAUGUGUUUCAGAGAUGUAAACGGUAUUACUGUUGUUUUCAACCCACUUGUUAUCUGUUGGAAUACCAUGAGAACUUUUACACAAUUCGGUAUUCCCCUUUACAUUCCCAUCAUAAUGCACAUUCUGCCAUGUUUUACUCUAAAUAAUCAUAAGUGUAUUUUUUUACAGUGCUCACACACUGUCAACUUUGUUUUAUUGUACAGUCUGUUCAGUGGAAGUGUUCCUGCAAAACCCCCACUUAUUUGUCUAUGUAAAAUAUGAGAAACCUGAGGUUUUUGUGCAACAUGUGCAACUAAGUGGACUUAUUGGACAAGUAAAAGAAAAAAAAAGUUUAUGCACUAAGCAGUGAACGCAGUGGGAAUAUUUGCUAUAUGUAGCUUUUUCUUGACAAUGAAUUAAGUUCACUAUCUAAUGUCAUAAUUGUUUAAAUUUGAAGUAUUUAGAAAACCAAAGACAAUGUUGUGAUGAGAUCAAUUUGAUUAAAAGAGAUUGUUUUUUGUGUUUUUUUCCCCGUGUGUGUGCUUG